AUGGCAGGCCACGUUUUCCCAGACCAGGAGCAGCUGCUGCAGUUCCUGAGGAGGCUCAAGGAGGUUUUCGACGUGUGUGACGAGGACGCUGACGGCUUCAUCCGGGUGGAGCACCUGCUGGACCUCGGUGUUCAGUUCGGACAAGGAGACGAGGUUAAGGCAUUGACCAGGCACCUGGAUCCUAAUGCUCAUGGGAAAAUCAACUUUAAAGACUUUUGCCAUGGAGUGUUUGCUAUCAAAGGUUGUGAGGAGAUUCUGAAGAUGGCUCUGGGUCCCCGGAGUGCGACCUCCAACCAGCAAUCUGUUACCGACAAUGGUUACGUUUACCAGAACGGUGAGACCAGGCUGCCCAAUCCAAUCAUCAUGUGCACCCGCUCCUUCCCUGAAUGCAGUGUGUACAGGGAGGGUUGUGGUCCUGAUGGGGAGUGUGACAUGGACAGCAGCACUGAAAACGCCAACACCUCUGACUCUUUGCACCCAACAAGAAAAGACAGCCAACUCGCUGGCUCAGCGUCUGCGUCCGUCAUCUCUGGUGAGGAGCAGUUUGAGGACUACGGUGAGGGGGAGGAUGUGGAUUUCAUUCCCAGCAGCCCUUGCCCUGAAGAAGACAACCGAACAAAUGGCUUCUCAGACCUGGGAUCCUCGCUUCCCUCGAGUGCGGGGCAGACGCCCCAGAAGAUGCGGCAACUAUAUAACAGUGAGCUGCUGGACAUCUACUGUUCUCAGUGCUGCAAGAAGGUGAAUCUACUCAAUGACCUGGAGGCUCGACUUCGAAACCUCAAGGCCAACAGCCCUAACAGAAAGAUAACCAGCACAGCAUUUGGACGUCAGCUGUUCCAGGCCAACCACAGUGUGUUUGGGUCGAGUCAGGGCAGCAGCACCGAGGAUCUGUUCACCGACAGCAUCGACUCCUGUGAUCUCGACAUCACAGAGAAAGUCAGUUAUUUGGAGAAGAAGGUGACAGAGUUGGAAAGUGACAGUCUGGCAAACGGUGACCUCAAAUCGAAACUUAAACAUGAAAACACACAACUAGUCCACAGGGUCCAUGAGCUGGAGGAGCAGGUGAAGGAUGCUGAGACGAGGGCAGACCAGUGUCUGGAGGAGGAGAGCAAGAGGCACCGGGAGGCUUACACCAAGAUGGAGCGAGACAGAAACUUCGAGAUGGACCUGCUCUGUAAUAGGUUACAGCAAUUAGAAGAGGAAAAUGGAGAGAUGAAGUUAAAUGUGUGUCGACUCAAGUCUCAGACUGAGAAACUGGACCAGGACAAGCAGAGAAUGACAGACAAGCUGGAGGACACUAAUCUGAGGCUGAAAGAUGAGAUGGACCUCUACAGGAAGAUACUGGAUAAGCUCUGGCAAAACCGCCAUGCAUUUCAGAAGGAGAAAGAGUCUAUGCAAGAGCUGAUUGAUGAUCUGCGCCGGGAGCUGGAGUAUCUGCAGCUGUUUAAGCUGGAAAUGGAGCAUCCUGGGCAAGGCAAGGGGUUAUCCGAGUUCAACGCCAAGACCAGGGAGAGUGAAAUGGAACAUGAAGUCAAGAGACUGAAACAGGAGAACUACAAGCUGCGGGAUCAGAAUGAUGACCUGAACGCUCAGAUUCUCAGUCUGAGUUUGUAUGAGGCUAAAAACCUGUUUUCCUGUCAAAGCAAGGCCCAGUGCUUGGCAGCCGAGAUCGACAACGCGUCCAGAGAUGAGCUGGUAGAUGCUUUGAAGGAGCAGGAGGAGAUCAACCUGCGUCUGAGGCAGUACAUGGACAGAAUCAUUCUGGCCAUUCUCGACCAUAACCCCUCUAUUCUGGAGAUCAAGAAUUAA